AUGCUUAUUGGGAGCAAAGCUCAAGAAAUUUUAAAUUUUGAAUUUUUACUUAACAAAGGUAAAACUGGUGGUUUUCUCACUCCAAAAGCGAUUUCGAAUCGUAUCAAAGCAAAAGGAUUACAAAAAUUGCGAUGGUACUGUCAAAUGUGUCAAAAACAAUGUCGAGAUGAGAACGGUUUUAAAUGUCAUACAAUGAGUGAAUCACAUCAACGUCAAUUACUCUUGGUAUCAGAGAAACCAGGUAGAUUUAUCACCGAUUUUUCACAUCAAUUUCAUAGCGGAUUUAUGUCGAUAUUGAGACGACAAUUUAACACUAAACGUAUUCAAGCUAAUGUUGUUUAUCAGGAAUAUAUUAAAGAUAAAGAACAUGUACACAUGAAUUCUACACGAUGGACAACGUUGUCCGGUUAUGUUCAAUGGCUUGGAAAAGAAGAAUUAGCAGUUAUUGAAAAUACGGAAAAGGGUUGGUAUGUAACGUGGAUUGAUAAAGAUCCCGAGACAAUUCGACGUCAAACAGAAAUUGAGAAAAAGGAGAAAAUGGAUUUAGAUGAUGAAGGACAAAGAAUGAAACUUAUAGAACGACAGGUUCAACGUGCAAAAGAAAUGGCCAAAGAUGCAAUCGAUCGUAAACCUGAAUUUACAGAAUUUGUAAGAAAUGAUGAAGAAGAAAAAGUACAAUUAUCAUUUCUGAAAACUAUUAAAGAUGAUAAAUUAAAAACCACCAGGUUUGUAUAGAAUACAUCUAAUGGAAGUUAUAGAAAGAAUGGUGUAGUUUUUCUCCUCUCUCUUUGAACUCACAGAGCUCAUCUUAUUAUCAAAAAAUUCCUCAUUCAUUUCUCUACAAAAUGGUGUAUAGAAGAUGAUCAUAAGGUUUGAGAUGCUGUCUUAAUUGAACAAACAUUGAAAUGUCCGAAAAACUUCCAACGAUAAUUUUGAAGUUUGAACUUCAUUUUGAAAGUGAUAGGUAGUAGAGAGCACAUCCAUUUUUAGGACGUUUAAAUAUCCUCUUUCAGAUGGUAUAAGACUCAUUUCCUUCCCAUCGGUAUGAUGUGAUAAAAAUGAAUAGUUAAUAACUGACAGCCAUUACUGAACAAAAUACGCUAGUUUCAAUAUUUCCAUUAUUCAGAAAAGUUACAUCAAGCGUUUCGCGUGAGCCGAGUAGAUCAAACAUUUGUCUUCGAAAUAACGCAAGAAUGAGCCUGAUUGAUUCAGUUUUCUCUGAGCAAUAUUCAUUGUACAAAUAGUCCCAAAAUGCAGCUGAAAAAACGGUCAUAUGGCUUUUGUAAAAAUACAGAAAUAAAGAUAGAAAAUCCGCCUCAUAGCUAAUCAGUAGAUAAUUUUAUGGGCUACAUUUUGGCCUACUUACUUCAGACACAAUGCAUACGUUCAACUUCAUACUAACGAAAUAUACUUUUUAAGUUUUUCGAACAUUUCGAUGUUUGUUCAAUUAAUACAGCAUCUCAAACCUUGUGAUCAUCUUCUAUACACCAUUUUGUAGAGAAAUGAAUGAGGAAUCUUUUGGUAAUAAGAUGAGUUCAAAGAAAGAGGAGAAAAACUGAAAAUAAAAAUUACGCCAAUCUUUCUGUAACACCCGUUAAUGAGAAUUCUUGAAAAGUCUAUGUUUUAUGUGUGAUUUCAGUGUACUUGCAUCAUCAAACACGUCGACCAAAAAACGAUUACAUACUGAUGAAGUAAAUGAUGACGAAUCACAGAGUAAAAAAGAGAGAGGAGAAAAACUACACCAUUCUUUCUAUAACUUCCAUUAGAUGUAUUCUAUACAAACCUGGUGGUUUUU